GAUAGCUCUGCAGCUCACCAUUCUUGAUAUUUUAGCCUACGAAGAAUGCAAACCAUAACCAGAACAAGAGUCAGUUGUGAAUACAGUCCCGCCGGAAUUUCGUCUCAUCGUCCUCGUCGCUGCACAUAUUAGCUGCUUCUAUCCUCAAAACUACAGAAACUAACCGACCCAGAUAUUACUACCCUCAGAAAGGACAACCUCAUUUGACGACCACAACCCACAUUACGCAAGGUUACCCCGGAGCACACUCCUAUCGGAAAUAAGCAGUUCAUACGUAUUCAAUUUUGUGAUAGCCUUCAUUCUUGAUCUUGCUUUAUUUUACUGCACAGGCCUGCGCUUUGUCGAGACAGUGUUUUUGUCUUUAUGUACUUGAGCACCAGGUAGUACUAGUAGUCACUCCACGAAUAGCCUACUGAGUAUAGGUUUUUUACAGCACCUUUUUUUUGCAAGUGUAGUACAGUUUCCUGUGUAAAGAGUACUUAAAUAGUUAGAAGGAAACGCAUGUCCCUGUGCUGAGCUUUACCGUAUACUUUUCAAGCUGAACAACAUGGCAGGCGGUUCUCGGAAAAAGAAGAAUCCGCGCGGCGGCGCGGGAGGAGCCGUAGGGGGAGACAGCGAGGACUCAGAAACGGGCUAUGCUAGUGACCAGGACCAGCAAAGCAUCAAAGGGGCACACAACAGCAAGCACCAGGCCGCCCACACCUCCACAGCAAAUUCUACUUCCCCCGGAACUGCAAGCACGAAGCAGCUGGACCGCGGGGCAUUUAAGCUCGAGAAAAUGUGCAUCCACUGCAACCGGCCGUUUUCUUGGCGCAAAAAGUGGGAUAUGCAGUGCAAAUAUGUCUGGGUCUGGAAGGACGCGAACUUGUGAUGCGUAUUUCACAACGCCCACAAAUCUCUUAUGCAUAGGCAGCAAAAGAUAAAGAUGGCCAUUUCCUCUUCCUGUCACCAGAAUGGGGGAUCUGUCAUGCGGAUUAGGCAUCGCAGGAGCUUCUCGAAAUCUGUGAUGCUAGGUCUGCCAUGAUAGACCUUCUGUGCCAUGCAAAAACAGCAUGACAAACCUUGCAUCCUUCCAGACCCAGACAUAUUUGGGUUUAAUAUGGGAACGGUGUUGGGACGAAGUGCAGACCUGCUCCAAUGCGUGUAAACGAGAGCGGAAAAGAAAACACUUCGGAACUAAUUUGAAUGCAGACAAUGACCCACUAACACCACAACUUCUGCCAGAGGAGCAAGACGGCGGCCAGAUAGGGGAAGGCGAAGAAAUAGGAAACUCAGCAACGACAAACACUUCUGCUCUACCACAAGCUUCUGCCAGCAGCGGCGCCUCCGCUAGUACCGCCACCUCCGAGAUGUUGAAAAAGUCUAGUGCGAACUAUAGUACCAAAAACGCAGGGGCAGGAGCAGGAACACCCACAACAGCGCACGAGAGGCGCACGAAGGAGUGCGACGUGUGCAAAACCCCCGUGCAGCUGGCGUAUAGGUUAUCAAAUGCAAUAAAUAUGUCUGGGUCUGGUUGGAAGGAUGCAACGUUUGUCAUGCACAUUUUGCAUUACUCCUGAUGUCUGUGAUGCAUGCCCUAGCAUCACAGAUGUUGGGAAGGCUCCCUGAUGCCUAUACCGCAUGAGAAAUGCCCUUACGCCGUGGCAAAAACUAGACCUCUUUUGCUGUUCAUGCAAUACAGAUUUUUGGAGAAUGCAGACGCAGCAUCACAAGUUGCAUCCUUCCAGACCCACACAUUUUUGCAGUUGAUAUAGGUGUAAGUGGGACAAAUCAAAACAGUGGCGGUUCGUGUGCCGGCCCUGCUGGCCAGUAGUCAGUCAACAGGAAUAUUUGGAACAAAAUAGUAAGGCGACAAAAAAUCACGGACAGAACAAGCAGCUUCCAGGGCUGCUAGGGAACCCCUUCUACUAUCAAAUGCAAAAAUGUCUGGGUCUGGAAGAAUGCAAGUUUGUCAUGCUUGUCUGGCAUGAGUCGAGAAUCUGUGUUGCAUAGCCACGAAAAGGCCCUCUUACCUGUCAUGCAAAAACGCAGAAGUUUGCAAUGCGGAAUACGUAAGACAUGGCAACCAAAAAAUUUGUCAUGCGUAGCUGCGUAUUGCAGUGCGUUUAUAAUUCACCUUUCGCAUUACAUUUAAGUACAAGUUUCCAGACCCAGACAUAUUUGCACUCCAUAUCUACGUCUACGGCGGUACCUGGAAAGCGACCAUUGGGUUGACGAAAAAUGAAAUUUUGAACGAACAGCAAACGACAACCGCGAAAACUCGUCUAGAAGUUGCCAUAGGGUCAGGACUUCCUCAACUAGGAGAUGAAGUAGGUCUUGUGCAACAUGGAUCUACUUCUGGUCAACUACAUAACCCGGCGAAAGCAGGGGACCGGAUGGUCGAGCUCGACGAUAAGGCGAGCCACGAAGUAAUGCCUUUCAACUACUACACUUCUGGUGAACAAGCUGCACAGGAGAGUUGGGCGGAGGCGCAGCUACCUCAAGAAGUUCUUCAUGGUCCCGGUGUUGCGUUUCAAGCUCCCGUUGUAGUUGAAAAAAUCCUUCGGGACGAUGAUAAAGAUGAAUUUACUGCGUGA